AUGUCCCUGGUGUCCUCGGCGGGCCGGGGUCCGGGGGCCGUGUGGUCCCCAACCCAUGUGCAGGUGACGGUGCUGCAGGCAUGGGGUCUGCGGGCCAAGGGGCCGGGGGGCACGAGCGACGCGUACGCGGUGAUCCAGGUGGGCAAGGAGAAGUACGCCAUGUCGGUAUCGGAGGGCAGCCUGGGCGCGCCCGUGUGGUGCGAGGAGGCCACCUUCGAGCUGCCGCCGCUGAUGUCCGCUGGGCUCGCGGCCACCGCCACCCUGCAGCUCACCGUGCUGCACCGCGAGCUGCUGGGCCUCGACAAGUUCCUCGGCCGCGCAGAGGUGGACCUGCGGGAGCUGCACCGCGACCAGGGCCGCAGGAAGACGCAGUGGUAUACCUUGAAGUCCAAACCGGGAAAGAAGGAAAAAGAACGAGGCGAAAUCGCGGUUGACAUCCAGUUUGUGAUAAACAACUUAACUGCCAGCAUGUUCGACCUUUCUAUGAAAGACAAGCCACAGAAUCCAUUUGGAAAACUGAAGAGCAAGAUCAAGGGGAAGAACAAGGAUAGAGUCUCCGAUUCUGCGUCAGCCAUCGUCCCCAGCAUGACACCCUCAGCCGACAGUGACGAUGACUCUUCCUCAAAAGACAAGAAAAAGAAAUCGAAGAUCAAGACCUUGUUUUCCAAGUCUAAUUUGCAGAAAACUCCACUUUCCCAGUCCAUGUUUGUCCUGCCUACUUCAAAGUCAGACAAAGUGCUGCUUCGUCUUGGUGACUUUCAGUCCCGGUGGGGAGAUGAUGACAAUGAGGACGUCUCUUCUGCCUCCGAUGUCUUGUCUCACAAAGGAACAGCAAGUGCAGAUCCCAAGCAGCUGACCCAGAUCAGCAUCAGCCCUCCCAAGAAGGAAGGACUCUCCUUUCUCGGCAGCCUUCGUUCCAAGAAUGACAUAGUUUCCCACUCAAAUGUCUGCAUCAACAGGAACCAUGUUUACCUGGAACAGUCAGAAGCCAAAAGUGAGACCAAAGACAGUACCCCCUCAUCCUCCUCUUCCCCCCAGGGCUUCAGGAAGAAGCAUUUGCUCUCUUCCACUGAAAACCUAGCCCCGCGGUCUUGGAAGGAGCUCGGGGAAGCUGACAGGCAGCUCUCCGCGUCUUCCGCAAAAGACUCCGUGAAAACCAUGUCUCUGCCAUCAUACCGGCCACCGGGCAGCGGGGACAUAAGGGGGAGCACAGCGCCGGCAAAUUCGGAGGCUGCCAAAGAAACCAAAGAGAGCAAGAAGCCGGAGAACAAGAAGUCCUCUCUGCUUUCUCUGGUGACGGGAAACAAGGAUGUGGCUAAGGGCUGCGAAGGAGAAAGCCUCCCUACCAUCCCGGGGAAGGUGAAGGAAGGCAUCCUCAUGGGCAUCAAGUCAAAGGAGGAUGGGUCAAGGCCUAUUGAAGAUCUUAUGAAACCAUCUGAGAAAGAUGCUAGGGCCAUUGCCUCUGAACAGGGUAAAUGCCUGAACCCCUUUGAGGAAGAGCAGAUGGCAGAACCGGAAGCUGACCCAGAAUCCAAGUCUGAACCUAAACCCCCCCUGACCUCUGCAUGGGCUCCCCAGACCAAAGCCGUCAAACCUCGACCUCACCCUGUGAAGCCGAUGAACACCACAGCUACCAAGGUUGCUAACUCCAGUUUGGGAACUGCCACCAUCAUCAGCGAGAACUUGAUCAAUGAAGCCAUAAUGAAGAAAUACAGCCCGUCAGGCCCUGCUUUCGCUUAUGCACAGCUGACCCACGACGAGCUUAUCCAGCUUGUCCUCAAGCGGAAGGAAACGAUAAGCAAGAAGGAGUUCCAGGUUCGAGAGCUGGAAGACUACAUUGACAAUCUGCUCGUCAGUGUCAUGGAAGAAACCCCCAACAUCCUCGGCAUUUCGGCUCAGGUCGGCAAAAAGGCAGGGAAGAUGUGA